AUGCAAGGACCGGACAACCGCACCUUCCAGUCCAACAUUCCAGUGGCUGCUGACAUCGCAGUGGGUGUGGUUUAUUCCUUGUUUGGAGUAUGUUCACUCUGUGGAAACAGCAUGCUGCUCUAUGUGUCCUACAAAAAGAAGCACCUCUUGAAACCAGCUGAGUUCUUUAUUAUAAACCUGGCCAUCAGUGACCUGGGCAUGACCGUCAGCCUGUACCCCCUCGCUGUCACAUCCAGCCUCGCCCACAGGUGGCUGUAUGGAAGGACAGUGUGUCUCAUCUACGCCUUCUGUGGAGUUUUGUUCGGGAUCUGCUCUCUGACCACUCUUACUAUUCUCAGCAUUGUUUGCUGCCUCAAAGUCUGUUAUCCACUGCAUGGUAACAGGUUCAGCUACGAGCACGGUCGCGUGCUAAUAGCGUGUGCGUGGGCUUACGCUCUCGUGUUUGCGUGCUCCCCCCUUGCUUACUGGGGACAGUACGGCCCUGAACCCUACGGCACGGCCUGCUGUAUCGACUGGGCAUUGUCCAAUCAUGACUCCAUCGCCCGCUCCUACAUCACUGUACUCUUCAUCGCCUGCUACCUGCUGCCCUGCACCAUCAUCAUCGUCUCCUACACACGCAUACUGCUCACGGUCCGAGACUCCCGUAGAGCUGUGGAGCAGCACAUCUCAGCACAGACACACAUGCGCAACAUCCAGACCAUCAUAGUGAAGCUGAGCGUGGCAGUAUGUAUAGGGUUCUUCAGUGCAUGGAGUCCAUAUGCAUUUGUGUCAAUGUGGGCGGCGUUCGGACAUUUCGAUGACAUCCCACCCAUGGCCUUCGCCGUACCCGCCAUGUUUGCGAAAUCCUCCACCCUUUUCAACCCCCUCAUCUACCUCUUGCUCAAACCCAAUUUCCGCCACCUGCUCUGGAAGGACAUGAGCUCCCUGCGCGGGAUUUGCGUUCACCACUUCCUGUGUUUUUCACGCUGCAGCUACCGGCCAUCGUUGGCCCUCAAUCUGCGCCACCGAGGCCGAUCCAUUUCUGAGCCUAAGGUAGCCGUAGGGUCGAGUUACUGUCCUUGUGAAAGGUGCAACGACCCGUUUGAACAGUUCAAACAUUACCCACACCAUUGUCCCAUUAACGUGAACACUGUGCAGCUGUCUCUACAGGACACUACCGAGCCCGAACCUGAUCCUGAAUCCAGCGCAAUGAAGGAACGGAGACCAAAGAGCCAGUCGAUGGAGGGGAAGAAGCCGGUGCGGGUGAUCGUGAGGGGGCGGAAAAGCUCUGAGAUUGACAGUCUGGAGAUCACCUUGGAAACGGUUCCUGCUCAUGGCAAAUCUGCCAAAAAUGGCAAACCGUAAGACCUGGGCCUGUGCUUGGGUGUGUUUAUAUAAGGCUGUCGGUAAAUUCAAAUAUUUAAUCACAAUCUUUGUUUAUCUUAUCUUAGUAAACAUGUUGAUGCAUUCACUUUUAAGCUUUUGUGUUAUUAGAAGGUUCAACAGUUUGUGUGGAUGACUCUAAAUUUAUUGAAACGCUACAAAAAGAGAAGAAAGUGAAAAUAAUAAAAACACCUACCCUACAAAAAUAGAAGCCCAAGGCCAUUUAAAAAAUUAAAUCUGGCUUUCAACAAAUGAAAUUAUUUGCACGUGUUAAUGUAUUAAUUUAGUCAGUCUUAGUUUACUCUAUAUGUGUGUGUUAUUUACAUACAGUAUAUGCACAUAAAUAAAUUCUCUAACUCUCUUUCACAUUCGCCU